UUCCUACCUCACAGACGAGCCUCACUCUCAGGUAAAUGUAUGUAAAAUAUAGACUUGAUGUAUUAACUGGGAAAGUUAGAAUCAUCCAAAUAUGUAUUUAGACUGGAGGAAUCCGAUAAGCUAUAAAGCUUUUUUUCACAGAUGUCUAGAAGAGUCUCAGGAUGAUCCUACUGGAGGCGUUAGGGAAUAUUUUGCGCGUGGAAGGAAACUGCAAUGCUUGGAGAACCGCUCGUGUGUGAAUGCAGGAUGGACCCUAACAUCCACACGGGGAGGUCGGCACCUUCAUUUUCGCAGUUCAUUCAUUGUCAGCUCACAGUGGAGUUAAUUUACUAAUAUUUUUUGCUCAGAAUUACUUCCGUAGGAUUUGUACACCGGUUAGAGGAAGUGUUAACGUUAGGAGUAUGCUUCGUAGCAAUGCGUUUCAGCUUUCACACGUGUCCCUGUAAACUCAAGCAUUGGGUCGGGAUACGAAUUAUUAUUUGCUAGCAGUGAUGGUGGAAAUUCCACACUCCUAUGGCGGAGGAUAUUAUAACAACUACUCGUGACUUUGCCGAAAGUUAUACAGUACUCUUUUUUAUCGACCCAGAGGGAUGGAUGAUGGUGUGUGAGUCGACUUCCAACUGGGAUUUCAGCUCAUGACCUCAAUUGGUUCUCUGCCACGGCAGUGGGUUGUGGGUUAUGGAUAUCGCCACCUUUAAAAGGGAUGAUGAUUUCGUUGGUAAUCUACCACUGUGAACACUCAAAUUCUCUUCAAGGAGCACAAACCUAUCACGCAAACUCCGGGUCAUCCUCGCUAGCAGCGGAUUCUGGCGAACACUUUAGAUCUGCUCUUUUGUGUUAAGUUUGUUGUCCUUUCUCCGCACCUCUGAUUAGCUCGGUUGAAUAUGUACGGUGCAAAAGAAUUAUAACAUACAUACAUUUAAAUCUACAUUUGUUCCAGUAUAUUCACACAUUUAUUGUUUUGUUCAGUGCACAUUUUCCGUGUGUAAAUGGUGAAACCUCGUGUGUGAUGAGCUCCGUGUGUUUGCGAAUCUUUGUCUCUGUGUGAGUUAUCUGUGUCUCCGUGUACUUCUUUGCGAGUCUGUGUCUCUGUGUCUGUGUGAUGUGAGUCUGUCUCUAUGUCUAUCUGAGUGAGUUUGUGUGUUUGAUGCCGUUGUCUCUAUGUGUGCAUCUUUGUGUGUGUGAGUCUGUAUGUUUUUCUGUGUAAUUAUGUCUGCAUCUGUGAGUGAGUGUGUAUGUCUGUGUGUAUUUUCGUGUAAUUCUGUGAGUUUGUCUGUUUGUAUCUGUGAGUGAGUCUGUAUGUCUGUGUGUGUCUCUGUGUAAUUCUGUGUGAGUCUGUGUGUGUGUGUUCGAUGCUGUUGUUGUUGUGUGUGUUUAAGUUUCUGUGUGUUCAUCUUUACGUCUGUGAGGCAUGUGUCUCUGUGUAAAUCCGUGUGAUGUGAGUCUGUGUUCGCUUUGCCCGCGAGUGAGUGAGCCCUGCUGCGAGUGAGUGAGUGAGGAGCCCGUGGCGCUGUGCCGCAGCAGGAGCAGGAUGGGCCACGCGGCCCCACUCGCCCUGGCCGCCCUCUGCGUCUCGGCCGCGGGUCUCGCAUUGGCCGUUGCGGCCGCGGCUGCUCCGCAUUGGCUCUCGCGGGCCACCCUCGGUGCCUACCUGGUGCAGGACGAGGUGUUCAGCGAGGGGCUGUGGCAAACGUGCGUGGAGCGCGCGCUGCUCGGCCACCGUCAGUGCUCCGAGUACUUCACGCUGCUCGCGGCCCCCGGCGCCCUGCAGCCGGCGCGCGCCCUGCUGCCCCCCGCCGUGCUGCUCGCCCUGCUCGGGGUCGCGGUCGCCGCGCCGCCAGCCUGCUGCCGCUGCCGGGCGCCGCGCCUGCUGCUCGCAGGCGGCUGCGCGCUCGGCCUCUCUGGCGCGCUGUGUCUCGCCGCCGUGGGCUUCGUGUGCGCGCGCGUCGUGCGCGACUUCUUCGACCCCUUCGUCCCGGAGCCGCAGAAGCCCGAGUUGGGCUCCAGCAUCUACGUGGGCUGGGCCGCGUCGGCCGCCCUGCUGUGCGGCUGCGCCCUGCUGCUGUGCUCGGCGUACGCGCAGCAGGAGCAGCAGCAGGAGCAGCAGGAGGCGCACGAACGCGACCCCACCGCCCCCUCCAACGCGCGCUGGCAGCAGCGCGUCUCCUACAUAUGAACUGCUGGUCACCUCGAAGAAGCCGGCACGGAUUCUUGUUCCUCUUUAGCACGUUGCUCUGCGCUUCAAGUGCUGCUACACCAUGGAACGUGUUAGUACGGCGUGUUAGUGUUACUGAUGGGUGGGUUACUCUGUGCUUCAAGUUAUAGUGCUGAUACACCAUGGAACGUGUUAGUACGACUUGUUAGUGUUACUGAUGGGUGGGUUACUCUGUGCUUCAAGUUGGAGUGCUGCUACACCAUGGAACGUGUUAGUACGACUUGUUAGUGUUACUGAUGGGUGGGUUACUCUGCGCUUCAAGUUAUAGUGCUGCUGGAUCAUGGUUCGCGUGUGAUCGUUUUAUUCCCACUACCCCUGCUCAUUUUUCCGAGUUAUUUUUUAAAGCUUAAUGGAUCCUGGAAAGUGGACGCGUAUUGUAAAUACAGGUAGAUCUCGGUGUGAUUGAGGAUCGAUUUCCAGCUUCGUGGGAGAUCAAACCCCUGGGGAUCUUUGGCACCGUUCAACAUUCAUGUUCAAUAUAAACACCAACAUACAUAUAUAUACCGAGCUGCUGCUGCUGCUUCAAGCGAAGUUAUUAGUGGAGUAACGGGCGAGUUGAAAAUAACGUGGUUUUGUUAGAUACUGUCAGUGAGAGGAACUAACAGACUGCACCCCCACCCUUCAGUAUGGACAUACGGACAUAGCCAAUACCAUACAACUUCCAAACGUAGUUGGACACCUUUAAUAAAGCGUUCGACAUAAAUGUAUAACUGUAUAACAAUGCGAAUGAUCGUAUAAUCUUCUGUCUUGCUCUCUCUGGACGUCUGUGAAAAUUUGCUUUUGAGCUCAUGGGAUUCCUCCAGUAUACGUGACGAUUCUGAUUACGUCUCCUUACUGGAGAGAGAUUCGCAGAGUCGUUAACGGUAUUGGGAGUACUCUUUGGUUCUUUCGGUAAAGUCACGUAUAAAGAUAAAAUAAUACAUUAAAUAAUAGCAUACGACGUUUCGA